GCAGCAGCAGCAGCAGCAGCAGCAGCAGUAGCAGCAGCAGCAGCAGCAGCAGCAGCAGCAGUAGCAGCAGCAGCAGCAGCAGCAGCAGCAGCAGUAGCAGCAGCAGCAGCAGCAGCAGCAGCAGCAGUAGCAGCAGCAGCAGCAGCAGCAGCAGCAGCAGUAGCAGCAGCAGCAGCAGCAGCAGCAGCAGCAGUAGCAGCAGCAGCAGCAGCAGCAGCAGCAGCAGUAGCAGCAGCAGCAGCAGCAGCAGCAGCAGCAGUAGCAGCAGCAGCAGCAGCAGCAGCAGCAGCAGUAGCAGCAGCAGCAGCAGCAGCAGCAGCAGCAGCAGCAGCAGCAGCAGCAGCAGUAUCAUCGUAA